AUAUUAUUUUUAUAACUUAAAAUUGAACGUAAAUAUAUAAAUAAAAAUAAUCAACUGUCGAAACAAUUAUUAAUUAUAAUUAUCAUCAUUUACUUUUUUAUCAGAAAUUUAUUAACAAUAAAUUACGUAAUUAUUAUCAUUUUUUUUUAGCUUUUAUAGCAACGUGAUACGAACAAUUUGCGAUCAAAACUCAUAAAUCCUAGUAUAUAUCAUAUAUAUGUAUAUUUAGAAGGCUGACAAGUUUUUUGAGUGUCGAGUGUCUCUUGUUUUAAAACGGUUUAGUAAUCAGGGAGCCGUAAAUUACACUAAAAAAUUUUAGUAUAAAUUCUAACAUUUGUCUGUUCAUCAGGAUAACAUUAGUUGAAAUUAAUUUAUCAUAAUGGAUGUUUUUUUGAUGAUCAGAAGAAAAAAAACAACUAUUUUUACUGAUGCCAAGGAUAAUACAACGGUAUUGGAACUUAAAAAAAUGAUUGAAGGAAUAUUGAAAAUACCUCCUUUACAUCAACAACUUUUUAAUAAAGAAAAUAUUGAAAUGGUUGAUGGAAAAUCACUUUCUGAUUAUGGAUUAACAUCAGCAACAGCUAAAGCACAAUGUCCAGCAUUAGUUGGAUUAGCAUUACUUCAAGAAAAUGGUACAUUCGAAAAAUUAGAAAUAACUCCAUACUCUCAACCACCUGAUCUUCCUGAUGUUAUGAAAUCACAAGAAGCAAAUGGACAAGAGCAAGCAUCUUGAAAUUUUAAAAAUAAAAAGUUAAUCAUCAGUGAUCAAUGUGUUAUUUGUCAUUGUCAUUAUGAGCAAUGAGUCUACGACACCAAUAUUAUUUUUUUCUUCAUGUUAAAAUUAACACACUUUUUAAAAUAAUAGAUCAAGUUUUUAUUUCAGUCUUAUUUAAAUUAUAAUAAAAGUUUUAUUUUAUUUUAUUUAACUCAAAUACAGUAAUUAAACAUUCAAAGUGUA